UCUCUCCGUCUCACUGCAACAGAAAUGGCAGAAGCGAAUAUUCUGGUAGCGCAUGACCAGUUUAGUUGUCCAGUGUGUCUGGAGAUAUUGAAGGAUCCAGUCACUAUUCCAUGUGGACACAGUUACUGUAUGGGGUGUAUUAAGAACUGCUGGGAUCAGACUGAUCAUACAGGUGUCUACAGAUGCCCCCAGUGCAGUGAGACCUUUACCCAAAGGCCUGUUCUGUGCAGAAACACCAUGCUGACUGAAGUUGUGGAGAAAUUAAAGAAGACAGGACUCAAUCCUCCUCCUGCUCAAAGUUAUGCUGGACCUGGAGAUGUGCCGUGUGAUUUCUGCACUGGGAGAAAGUUCAAAGCUGUGAAAUCCUGUUUGACGUGCCUGGCCUCUUACUGUGAAACACACGUCAAGCCACACUAUGAGGGGGCUGCUUUCAAGAGGCACAAGCUGAUCAAUGCAAUUGGAAAUCUGGAGCAGAAGCUUUGUGCUGAACACCAGAAGGUUUUGGAGGUCUUCUGUAGAACCGAUCAGACGUGUAUUUGCUUGUUGUGUACAGACAAGGAACACAAGAGCCAUGAUACAGUCUCAGCUGAGGCAGAAAGGAGUGUGAAACAGGUCUGUGAUUGGUGUGAAAGGAUAUCAUUCAAUGCUCCAUCAGAAAUGUCACUGUGUCACUGUGUUUCUACACAGAAGCAGCUGGGAGAGACACAGACAGAAAUACAACAGAGAAUCCAGGAGAGACUGAAAGAAAUUGAGGAGCUGAAAAAGGCUGUGGAGUCACUGAAAAGAUCUGCAUGCAUAGAAAUAAAGGAAAGUGAGAAGAUCUUUACUGAGCUGAUCCGAUCCAUUGAGAAGAUCCACACUGAGGUUAUUGAGCUGAUUGGAGCUAACGAGAAGGCUGCAGUGAAUCAGGCUGAAGGACGCAUGAAGAAACUGGAGCAGAAGAUUGCUGAGCUAAGAAGGAGAAACGCUGAGCUGAAACAGCUUUCAGAGACAGAGGAUCACAUCCAUUUUCUACAGAAUUUCCAGACUCUCUGUGCCCCUCCUGAAGCUGGAGACUUACCCAGCAUUACUGUCAAUACAGGCAUCUCUUUUGAGGCUGUGAGGAAAGCUGUAUCUGAACUUAAAGACCAUAUUGAGGACUUCUGCAAGGGGGAAUUAAUAACAAAAACAGUGAAUGAAGUUGCAGUUUACAGUCUGCAGGCUCCAGAGCCAAGGAACAGAGCUGAGUUUUUAAAAUAUUCCUGUCAGCUCACACUGGACCCCAACACAGCGCAUAGAGAGCUCUGUCUGUCUGAAGGGAACAGAAAGGUGACAUGGAGGAGAGAGACCCAGCGAUGUGCUGAUGAUCACCCAGAGAGAUUUGAUCGCUAUACCCAAGUGCUUUGCAGAGAGGGUUUGUCUGGGACUCGCUGUUACUGGGAGAUUGAGUGCAGUGGGGGAGGGGCUGAUAUAGGAGUCACAUAUAAAGGAAUCAGCAGGAAAGGAGUGGAUCAUUCUUGUCGCCUUGGAUGCAAUGACAAGUCCUGGAGUUUGCGCUGCUCUAGUUCCAGUUACACUGCCCUGCACAAUAACAAUGAAACUGCAAUAACUGCCCCCCGCUCCCCCAGAAUAGGAGUGUAUCUGCACUUUAAUGCCGGCACGCUGUCCUUUUAUGGCGUCUCUGACACAAUGACCCUCCUGCACAGAUUCCAAACCACAUUCACUGAGCCCCUCUAUCCUGGGUUUUGGCUUCCUUCUUCUGGUUCCUCUGUAACAAUCUGCCAGCUGAACUAGACUGUUUUGUGUUGUAAGAAACCCUUUGUAUUGAACUCCCUGUCUGUCCUCUCCACUCCUCGGGUGAAGGGAAUGUUCAAUCUGACACAACUUUGGAUGAAAGUUAGGGGGUAAAACGGCGCCACCUGCAGAGCGAAACGAGGGGAAUUAUUUGUUUUUACACUUGGAGCCGAGGCAGCCUCAUUCUUCAUACGAAGAAACUGUAUUUAAUUUAUUUUUUAAGAAUUGUUAUGUUUUAUAUAUAUUUUAGAAAAUGGCAUCCAAUAGUCAGUGCUGUAACAGUUUUUAAAAAAGUGAACUUAAGUUUGCUUUAUUGUGUGUGUGUUUUUGUUUUUUGAUUUCCAUAAAAUGUUUAAUAUUUCAGAUUUUAGUAAUGUGAUUUAAUAAAAAAAAU